AUGGUAACCACGAAAUGGUCUUUCAGCUCCUUAUCGACAGUAGCCGCCUCGCUCGACCGAGAUUUACAGGUCCAGCUCCAACAUCAUUUUACCUAUCUCCAUGACUUGAAGCGAGCGUGGAAUGAAAGACUAGACAUCCCAUCGCACUGGAUAUCGGAGGAUGUCAUCAACGAACUCGAAGGGAGCAAAUGCCGCUACGAUUGGACUACUAGUAGGCAUCGGGAUCUCAGCAGGGACAUAGUCCGCCUCCACCUUCGUUGCAUAGAAGCGGACCUCUAUCCCCUGACUGACGACGAACUGGCCGACCGCUUGGUGAACGACAUUCCUGUGCACUUCUCCACAUCUGUCGAGCGCUACGUGGACCGUCUCCCCAGCUCUGAAUGGACGAAUGCAUUCAUUGACAAUCAUGCGACGCACCGAACACACAUGUCGAUUCACCAGGUAGCUCAGAUACUGCAAUACCAAGACUCGGAGAUACAAGCAGAGCAUUCCGUCAUCACAGCUUUGGAUGGUGUGGCUUCGACCUACAUUCGCAGGGAAAAUCUGGGCAUCUUGGACCUUUGGCACGCAGAAUCAGAAGAGCUACCGAGCCUGUGCUUCAUCGACUGUGCCGUUAUGUACUAUCCGGUGGGACCUAGCCCCACGAACUCGAGGUCUCUAGAGCAUCUCGCCUAUACACCGAUCAGUGCCAUCAACCCAGCACUAGUGCUCUGUAUGAAAGGUCCUUCACGAUGGCCAGGCGGCAACCACUCGGACAGCGAGCCGACCCGGACACCAAGCCGGGAUUUGGCAUGGACGUUACGCACUCUUGCGUCGACGAGCGAGCUCAGUGUAGAGGCUAUUUUCCAAUCCUUGGUGCACCAUUCAGGUGACAAGAAUAUCACACUGCCAUCCUCUAAUGCUUGCUCGACGCCGACCAUCGAGCUACCGGCCUGUGCUAUGCCAAUGGGCCUCAUCUAUGACUCGGAGCAAAUUCACCUCGUGGCGCACAUGCCAUAUUUCAAUGAAGAUGGACGCCAAUACCUAUCUUUACUCGUGGACAGUCUUCCCUUUCCUUCCCGGUGCAACGGAGACGUUCCCGAGUUCAUUCGUGGCCGCUAUCGGGUUGCUCUUCUUCUCCUCUCGCUGCAGCAUCACAUCUCCCGCUUGGUAACGUUACUAGAACAUGUCCAUUGGCCUGAGCAUAUUCGGUCGGCGCAAGAGCAGGCACUGCAGUCAUUACUGGAAGACAGGGCGAUUGAGUUCGAUAUACGUUCGGAAUCCACUGGCGGUGAGCCUCGAGAGCCUAGAGGUCGCGAUGUCUUGCGGGAUGAAUACGAGAUGGAUCCAUCUGCGUUUGAAUCCGAGUCCAAUACGGAUGACGCAGGCAACACCGACUCGGUUGAUUCGAACGAUUUGGCCGAAGAGCAGCAGCGAAAAGCCACGGAGCGGAUGCUAGCGGUGUUGCGAGUCGAAAACUGGAUAGACGAACUCCAGGGAGUUCAAUUGGAGAUGCCGGACUCGCAUGAGGAGGAGGAGGAGGAGGAGGAGAAGGAGAAGGAGGAGGAGAAGGAGAAGGAGGAGGAGGAGGAGGAGGAGGAGCUACCGAACGUGUCAUACAAAUAUCCGCAUCAGGAUUGCCUCUCCACAGCCCACAAGCUAUACUAG